UGAGCGACGUGAGGCAUCGACCGCGGCCUAGUCGACCGGGAUCGGGUCUUACAACGGACGUCAUGUGUGUGCUGACGGACACAGACGGACACACACGGACAGCCAUGGACGUCCUGUGUGUGCUGGUGGACACCCACGGACGUCCUGCAUGUACUGACCAGACAGCCCACGUGGGCCAAAAUCACCGAACAGUCCACGGGAAGGGUGAUGUGCCCCAGUCCGAGGAUCAGUCCAUGUAAUCAGAUCAGAACGUCCGGAACAACGCAACUGAGGUUCAGUCCAUCGAUCAGGCCGAAAAGACUGCUCGAGCCGUGUAUCGUCUUGACCCACACUCGUUCGAAUUGGAGCUUCAGGAUAACCCACGACCAGAUGGCCAAAUCAACCGUACAGAAGUUCGCCUUUCCCGUCCUGUUCGUCAUGCUAAGUCCAUCGAUCAAGUCAGAAGUGAAGUUGAUCGAGUGGAAUCCAAAUUUGACCACGGUCUCUCUCUCUUAUGCCGUCUCGGCCGAACCGGCGAUCGUUCUGAUGAACUGAUCCGACACUUCGAUCAGUUCAUGAACUUUGAUCAGCCAAAUCUCUCUAAGGCAAGACUCUCUUGAGGUUGUCCAAAGACUUAGCCACCUUUUGGUCCGGAACAGUCCAUGAAAAUCACCCGUCCGUACAUGAAGACCGUACCGGCCGUGUACUGCUCCUUACCGCGGGACGUGCUAUCAGUUACACCAAACCUGGACAAGAUUAGCCGAAGAGUUCAAAUCGACCAGUCAACAUUAUUUUCUGUGCUUUGACUAGAUCUGGUCUUCUAUCUAUUUUCUAUGUCUCUUUUUCAUACAUUAUUAUUUAUUAUCUUUGACUACAAGUUGUAUAAGUAAGAGAACGCAUCCUUGAAAUAAGAUAAUCGAUUUUCCUUAUUCAUUUUGAGAUUUCUUUCUUUGUUCUUUGAUUAGAACAUUCUUGUUCCCUUGGUGAGGCUAUCUCCAAGUGAAUCCCCUUUCUUUGAGCUGGACUUAUGUGUCAAAUCAAGCGGCCAUUGAGAGUUCUAGUAGUAUCAUUGGGUCUUUCGCAUCCCUUUGUGUCACUAAACAAUCCAUCAGUUCUCUAUCUCUUCAGAUCGAGUUCAUAUCAUCAGAUCCGGUUGAGUGUUCGUUCCUUAGGGUUCUUCAAGUGGUAUCUGAGCCACUCUUCCGGUAUCUCUUUUCAUUCCAUCUUUCUCAUCUAUCAUUUUCUUCAGAAAAAAAAAAGAAAUUCUUCUUCUAUCUAUCUUUGAAUCCGGGCCCCGCUUUACCAUCCAUAUAUAUUAAAAUAAAAGAAAGAAAGAUCUAAUCAAAAAAAAAAAGAAAAAGAAAGAAAAUCUAUCAAAAGUUUUCAAUUGUGGUUUGGUGGUGGAAGAGUAAGCCUGCUGGCCGAGGAGAAACCCGGCCUUGGAGGUGGUUAAUACAGAUUCCCCUUGUUAAAUCUCUUAUCUUUCUAUCUUGUCUCUUGGGUGUUUCACUUGGGAUUCUCAUUUUUGGGUUAUCUAGUUUGUUCUCUUAGAACUUUGAGGGAAACUCUCUUGUGUGACUACCAAAUUGAGUGAAACCCGUGUGUGGGCAAGGAUAAACACCUGAGUGUGUGAGGUUUUUAAUCUAACAUUACCUUGUUUAAGUUUUCAGGUAGCCAUGGAUAGUGAAGAUGAAAGAAACCAACCCGGAAAUUCACAUGCCGGAUUAUCUAACUUGCAAAUGUGUGCUCUCAAUGAUUCUAUGUCUAACUUGCAAAUGUGUGCCGACCAAGGACGCAGCAGAGGCUGGACCAUUACUGGUAACAUUCUAGAUCCAUUCUUUUUCAAUUCAGUAGAUUGGCAUGGUACAUAACUUAGAAUGGAUUAGAUGAUUAGAAAAGGGGGGUCUUAUGUAGGGACCCUAUGUAUUGGUGGUGUGGAAACACACGUACUGUUUGAUACUGGAGCUACACACAGCUUUGUGAGCCCAGAUAUGAUCGGAAAAGGGUUGUUCCAGAUGGGAACGGAGGAUGAUCCUUGCAUAGUGAAUGCGGCCGGUGGGCAAGUAAUGCAUUCAUUAGGGCGAGUAAAGGAUAUCCCAAUAGUGAUCCAGUAUAGAGUUAUGCCUAUGGAUCUGGUUGUGGUCUGCCUUAAGAAUCAUGAGGUGAUAUUAGGCAUGGACUGGCUUGGAAAGAAUCGGGCUACUCUGGACUGUCACAGAGGAAGGGUACAGUUUGAGACUGGGUGUGGACCUCCGAUCAGGUUCCAAGGUAUUCGUCUGACUUCUGGAUGCUUAGUGAUAUCAGCAGUCCAAGUGGAACGGAUGCUUGAGAAGGGUUGUGAGGCCUUUUUGGUCACAAUCGCCACUAAGGAGGUUGUAGGGGCUGGUGACCCGGACGGGAUUCCGCUGGUUAAAGAUUUUGAGGAUGUGUUUCGGGCACUACAGGGCAUUCCCCCUGAUAGGGCUGGCCGGUUCAUAUUAGAACUAGAACCAGGGACG